AUGGAGAAAGAUGGAAUUGAAGGGGAGAAAGAUGCAACGAGGGAGAAGAGGAAAAGGGUAGAUCUGGAGAUAGCGGCGCCGCUCAAUUGUCCAUGUUACACCACCAACAACCAGAUGUCGCCACCUCCAUUCAUCAUAUGGGCUUCUGGCGGCAACAUGCUUGGUCCCGCUUAUGGGGUCAAAUCACUACGUUCUAAGAAGAAAUAUUUGAGUAUCAAUCUCAUCGAUAUCAUCGAUCUCAUACCAAAUCCCAUCAAUCGAAUCACUUUUUCGAGAAAUACGAGACAUCUAAGUCAUACAAGUAAAGAGAUCUAUUCAUUGAUAAGAAAAAGAAAAACCGUGAAUGGGGGUUGGAUUGAUGAUAAAAUAGAAUCCUGGGUCGCGAACAGUGAUUCGAUUGAUGAUGAAGAAAGAGAAUUCUUGGUUCAGUUCUCCGCCUUAACGACAGAAAAAAGGAUUGAUCAAAUUCUAUUGAGUCUGACUCAUAGUGAUCAUUUAUCAAAGAAUGACUCUGGUUAUCAAAUGAUUGAACAACCGGGAGCAAUUUACUUACGAUACUUAGUUGACAUUCAUAAAAAGUAUCUAUUGAAUUAUGAGUUCAAUACAUCCUCUUUAGCAGAAAGACGGGUAUUCCUUGCUCAUUAUCAGACAAUCACUUAUUCACAAACUUCGUGUGGGACUAAUACUUUGCAUUUCCCAUCUCAUGGAAAACCCUUUUCGCUCCGCUUAGCCUUAUCCCCCUCUAAGGGGAUUUUAGUGAUAGGUUCUAUAGGAACUGGACGAUCCUAUUUGGUCAAAUACCUAGCGACAAACUCCUAUGUUCCUUUCAUUACGGUAUUUUUGAACAAGUUCCUGGAUAACAAGCCUAAAGGUUUUCUUAUUGAUGAGAGUGACGAUAUUGAUGAUAGUGACAAUAUUGAUGAUUGUGACAAUAUUGAUGCUAGUGACGAUAUUGAUGCUAGUGACGAUAUUGAUGCUAGUGACGAUGUCGAUCGUGACCUUGAUACGGAGCUGGAACUGCUAACUAUGAUGAAUGCGCUAACUAUGGAUAUGAUGCCGGAAAUAGACCGAUUUUAUAUCAUCCUUCAAUUCGAAUUGGCAAAAGCAAUGUCUCCCUGCAUAAUAUGGAUUCCAAACAUUCAUGAUCUGGAUGUGAAUGAGUCGAAUUACUUAUCCCUCGGUCUAUUAGCGAACCAUCUCUCUGAAAGAUGUUCCACUAGAAAUAUUCUUGUUAUUGCUUCGACUCAUCUCUGCUUUGAAUUUUCUAAUGUGAAUAUGGAUAUGGAUCCAAUACUUUUGCAAUACAUAUUGGAUCGCAUAUACACUCAAUACUUAUCAGAUAUCUGUCCUUAUAACUGUAAAUUCGAACUUGAGCCGUUGAAUGUUGAGUGUAUGCUUGCUGUGAUGAGAGUCGAGUCAGGGGAGAGAGGGCAGGCGGCGGUCAGCGGUGGCUUCGAGCUGCUGUUGUCGGCCGUGGUGGAGAUUGGGGAUCUUGGGUUUUACAGAGGGAGAAGGAGAAAUAGGGAGAUGGAGGGAGGCAGGGUGGCGACGACGGCGGCAAUUAGCUGCUGCUCGUCGGGAAUCGAGGCCAAGGGCCACGAUUAG